GUUAGUUGUCACUAGUACAGCAGGAGACUGUGGAGUUGCGCUGCUGCCGCUAUAAAUCUUUCGACCAUGAAACUAGUUUAUUUCCUGGUGUUAUACUGUUCAUGCAUUUCGGUAAAUGCACACCUUGGGUUAUGUAAUGAGACAGACCCUACUACUCCUAUUCCAGGAGGUCUCACAAAAGCUGAUGUCAAUGAUCCAUACAUCAAGAAUAUAUCAGCGUUUGCACUGCCUACAAUUAAUAGGAGAUUUGAUGCAACUUUCAAGAUAGCUCGGAUUAUUAGUGCAGAAACUCAGAUUGUUGCAGGUACUCUUUAUUACCUCCGGCUAGAAGUUUGUACCACCAACUCCAACAGGGGAGAAGAUGAUCCCAGUUCUGAGUGCAUUCAAACAGGAGAAGUGAACAAGCAACUAUGUGAUGUACAGGUGUGGGAUAGACCAUGGCUGCCUGAACGUGAAGUUACAGAACUAAAUUGCACUGCAAUAAAUGCAAGGCGGAAAAGAGAGACAAUUCCAGGGGGCCUUUCAGAUGCAGAUGUGAGUGAAGAAGGUGUCAGGAGAGCUGCAGAAUUUGCCCUCACUGAAAUUGACAAGAGGUCAAACUCAGCCUACAAGCAGACACUAGUUCAGAUUCUGAAUGCCCAGAAGCAGGAUGCUGCUAAAGUCAGAUCAAUUUCCUUCAAAGCUGCUGAUCUUGAAGAACACUGAUUUUGAUAACUUCCAGAAUGGACAUCAUAUAUUCAUAUUUCGCAUGAAAACAGAUGAAAUAUUUAAAUCAGGGUCCAUUCCUAAAGCUGAUGAAAGGCAGGUAUAAACAAAUGGCAUGAUGUGGCCAAUCUGCAGUUAAGUCUAAAGUACAAAAAAAUCCAUGUACUGUGAAGAAGCAUGGAUUAAUUUAUAAAAAAAAUUAAAAGCAUUUUGUAACUAUUUUUUAUAUAUUAUAAAAAAUGUAAAUAGAUUAAUGUAAAAGGUAGAAAAAAUAAUAAAGGAAGAAUUAAAUUAA